AUGCCCCCGGCGCCCGAUGGCAAAAUAUAUUCGGCGACCUACAGUAAUGUCCCCGUCUAUGAAUGCAACGUCAACGGCCACCAUGUCAUGCGCCGCCGUGCCGAUGACUGGAUCAAUGCUACACACAUUCUCAAAGUAGCCGACUAUGACAAGCCGGCGCGAACCCGUAUCCUGGAGCGCGAGGUGCAAAAGGGCGUGCACGAGAAGGUGCAGGGUGGAUAUGGCAAAUACCAGGGCACAUGGAUACCGCUCGAGGAAGGGCGCGGGCUCGCGGAGCGCAACGGUGUACUGGACAAGAUGCGCGCCAUCUUCGACUACGUGCCAGGCGACAGGAGCCCACCUCCUGCGCCCAAGCAUGCCACGGCUGCGUCGAACCGCAUGAAGCCGCCUAGGCAGACGGCAGCAGCGGUGGCUGCGGCGGCUGUGGCUGCUGCGGCUGCUGCGGCUGCGGUUGCGAAUCACAAUGCACUCAUGAGCAAUUCGCGGUCGCAAGCCAGUGAAGACCCGUAUGAAAACUCGCAGAGGUCGCAGAUCUACCGCGAGGACACACCUGACAACGAGACGGUGAUUUCAGAGUCGAUGCUGGGUGACGCCGAUCUAAUGGAUAUGUCGCAGUAUUCGGCAGACGGUAACAGAAAGCGGAAGAGGGGGAUGGACCAAAUGUCUUUGCUAGACCAGCAACACCAAAUAUGGGCAGACCAGCUACUGGAUUACUUUAUGCUGCUGGACCACGAAGCAGCCGUGUCGUGGCCGGAACCACCGCCAAGUAUCAACCUAGACCGACCGAUUGACGAAAAGGGACAUGCGGCUAUGCACUGGGCAGCAGCCAUGGGUGACGUCGGUGUGGUCAAGGAGCUAAUACAUCGAGGAGCACGUUUAGACUGUCUAUCGAACAACUUGGAGACACCUCUGAUGCGUGCCGUCAUGUUCACCAACAACUUCGACAAGGAGACGAUGCCGAGUAUGGUCAAGAUAUUCCAACAGACAGUGCACAGGACAGAUUGGUUUGGCAGUACCGUUUUCCACCACAUUGCAGCGACUACGAGCAGUUCGAACAAGUAUGUUUGUGCAAGAUGGUAUCUUGACUGCAUCAUCAACAAGCUCUCGGAAACUUGGAUACCGGAAGAAGUCACGAGGCUUUUGAAUGCAGCGGAUCAGAACGGCGACACAGCCAUUAUGAUUGCUGCACGCAACGGUGCGAGGAAGUGCGUACGAAGCCUGUUGGGACGAAACGUAGCAGUGGACAUUCCGAACAAGAAGGGCGAGACUGCCGACGACCUGAUCCGAGAGCUCAACCAGAGACGACGUAUGCAUGGCCGAACGCGGCAGGCCUCGUCAUCGCCAUUUGCGCCAGCGCCAGAGCACCGACUGAACGGACAUGUUCCCCACUUUGACGGUGGGCCGUUGAUGUCGGUACCCGUUCCUAGCAUGGCAGUUCGUGAGUCAGUGCAGUACCGGUCACAGACUGCUUCACACUUGAUGACCAAAGUAGCGCCCACGUUGCUAGAAAAGUGCGAGGAACUAGCGACGGCAUACGAGGCAGAGCUACAAGAGAAGGAAGCAGAGUUUUUUGAUGCCGAACGUGUAGUCAAGCGGCGGCAAGCAGAGCUAGAGGCUGUACGGAAGCAAGUAGCAGAGCUGCAGAGCAUGUCAAAGGGGCUGCAUAUUGACCUCAAUGACGAAGAGGCGGAGCGGCAACAAGAAGAUGAGCUGCGGCUACUGGUGGAAGAAGCAGAGUCGCUCUUGGAGAUUGAGCAAAAGGCAGAGCUGCGGCGACUGUGCAGCAGCAUGCCGCAGCAAAACAGCGAUAGUUCGCCAGUGGACAUUACGGAAAAGAUGCGUCUAGCGCUACUGCUGCACCGAGCACAGCUGGAGCGGCGAGAGCUGGUCAGAGAAGUAGUGGGCAACUUGAGCGUGGCGGGCAUGAGCGAGAAGCAGGGCACGUACAAGAAGCUGAUUGCAAAAGCAUUAGGGGAGCGGGAAGAAGACGUCGAGUCGAUGCUGCCCGAGAUCCUGCAGGAGCUGGAAGAGGCAGAGACGCAAGAGCGGGCCGAAGGACUGGAUGGUAGCCCGGUGUGA